AUAUAUAUUCUUAUAUCAGCUCCUCACUCAAACUCUUCAACCUCGACUCUCCUAUCCCCAUCUAUCCUUCCUUUCAGAAACUUCUCUCUCCCUUUCCUCUUUCUUGCAUCUCUCCCUUUUCUCUUCUUCAAGUUAUUGGGAGGAGAGGGGGAAGAAAGAGAAGAAGAGAGAACAUCAUCAUCAUCAUCAGAGGACAUGGGAGACUGCAACAGAGGAGCUGGUGAUUCAUACUUUGUUUCCCAGGAGCAACUCGAGGACAAUUCUCUAGAGAAGAAAUAUGGCGGACUUCAGCCCAAGAAGAAGCCUCUUAUUACAAAGGACCACGCUCGUGCCUUCUUUGACUCAGCUGACUGGGCAUUAUGCAAGCAAGGUGCAGGGCUUAAUCAAGAAACAGUGGCUCUAGAGACUCUUCGUCCCAAAUUGGAGAGAACGCCACACCAACGACUCCCUCCUCGUAGACCAGCCUGUACUUCAGGCCGGGAUCGCCUCAUAAGCCAUGUCGAUCGGGCAGAGUAGAUCGUGAUCAACUGAAUGUCCAAGGCAUGUAAAGAAGUACUGAAAACAAAUCGAUUGAGUCGAACAUGCCCAAAAGUGAAUUCCAGUACAGCUACUACUAGUCGAUGAACUCAAAACAUGCAUCUUCGUUUCGAAUGCUGCAAAUAAGAGUUGUAAUUACAGGGUUUGACAUGUUAAUCAAUAAUUAGUCCUCCAUUAAAUGUUUUAAGCGUCGUUGGAGGGUUUCCUUUAGAGUAAGUUGCCAUAUUUCACGUAAUUAUUUUUUUCGGUGUGAACCAUGGUAUUCGGAACUUCAAUUGGGCCCCGACUAAUUCAAUCGAGCCGGAUCGGUCCACUAA